GGAAAGCCCGGAUGCGGCGCUCUGAUUGGGCGGGGCGUCCAUGAUCUCACUCUGGGUACAAAAGGGCCCGGGUGGCGGGCGCAGGGGCAGAGUCCUAGCAGGGUCACAGAGUGGGUAGGUUCGUGGAGAGGCGUGAGCGAGCGCGUUGUUCGGAGUGCACCUGCCACCUGCCUUUUCCAGCUCGGAAGUCGCCGCCGUCGAACCACCAUGGAGGUGCAGAAGGAAGCGCAACGUAUCAUGACCCUGUCGGUGUGGAAGAUGUACCAUUCGCGCAUGCAGCGCGGUGGCCUGCGGCUGCACCGGAGUCUACAGCUGUCGCUAGUCAUGCGCAGCGCCCGGGAGCUCUACCUCUCGGCCAAGGUGGAGGCCCACGAACCCGAGGUCCCAUUGCCGCCUGCCCGCUCCGCUGACCCUCGCCUGCACCCGCCGCGGGAAGCGGAAGCAGAGGCCAAGGUAGCGCCCCCCGACGGUGAGCAGCCCUCUCUGGAGCCCAUGGACACGCAGGAAGUGUCCCGAGCCCAGGAGACCCCUACCCGCUAUGCCCCGCGCGCCGCCAAAAUCAGCCGCAAGCGGCGAAGCAGCAGCCUGAGCGACGGCGGGGACAUAGGACUGAUUCCGAGCAAGAAAGCCCGUCUAGAAGAAGACCAGGAAGGUGCUUCUUCGGAGGUCUCUGAUCGCCUGCAGCCCCCUCUGGCGCAAGCUGAGGGCGCCUUCCCCAACCUGGCGCGCGUCUUACAGAGGCGCUUCUCCGGCCUCCUGAACUGCAGCCCCGCUGCUCCCACGACGGCGCCGCCGGCGUGCGAGGCAAAGCCGGCCUGCCGCCCCGCGGACAGCAUGUUGAAUGUGCUCGUGCGGGCCGUGGUGGCUUUCUGAGUGCCCCAGAGCUGCGCUGCCGGAGCCCAGAGCGCGGGCCAAACCGUCUGUCCGAGUGUGCAGACCGAGGCGUGGCCCAUCCCCGGGGAGCGCCCGCGGAACCGUGGAGAGGAGCCACCGCCCGGGCUGCUGAGAGGCCCGAAGAGGGACGCUGCCUCCGGGGAGCCGUCUCCGCCUGUGUGUAGUUGCGGCGCCUAGGAGCCUGAGCCGCGGGGGCUCUGGCGCCUUCCGCCGAGACCUGCCGCGCCCACAGGUGCUGUCUUAACGGACUGGGACGUAGACCUUUCCCUCUCCUCCUGGGACUGGGAGUAGGGAGGCUUAGUUCUUUAAAACUCCUCAGGGUCGGACUUUAUUUUUUACUGGGGCUGUGCUGCCCUUUCAAGGUUUUUCAAUAGUUGGUUUCUGCGUUUCCAAACUGAAGAGAAUUCCAGGCGCCCGCCUCCCCCCUCCCGUGGCAUACUUGUGCAAGCGGUCAUCGUUGCGUCAUGGGGCAGCCGUGGGGAGCUUCCUGUUGCCUUGCGUGGGUGUGGGGCCUGGGAGGAGGGUCUGGGGUGUGGGUGUGGACCGCCCUGGGGGAAUAGGAGGCGAGCGGCUUGAGUCACUUGACCCCGCGUGUUGCAGGCUAGUGUCCCGCGCCCCUGCGCCUUCCGGUGUAUGUAUGGGGGCCCUGAUCUAAUUUCAGGUUAAAAAUUGUUCUCAUCUGGUGCAUUAGAGGUGGGAGUAUGUUCAGUUUCAAGCGUGACCUUCCUUCAGAGGCAAACAAAUCAGUUGGGACAUCCAUAUUCCUGGUCUGAAUAAAAUAUGGAGGGGAGAGAGUCUCUGGAGCGCUGUGGGACUUAGCUGGGACCAGUGACUGGUGAGACUGGACCAGUUUGCAGAGCGGGGAGGUUCUUGCCAGGGCAUUCUGAGGUUUACCUUUAUUGUGGUGGAAUCUGUUUAACUUCAUCUUUCUGGCCUUUUGCUAGAGAUGCCAGAUAGGAAAAUAAAGACCAUUUGAAUAAAAAGUC